AUGGCUUCAUUUGAUCUUAAAGUUGCUGUUAGUUUGUUACCAAUUAUGGAUGAUACCGAGAAUACUACGCAAAAACUUAUCGACGCAAUAGAACUUUACGAUUCUAUGCUUAAUAAUGAAGGUAAACCUUUAUUAAUUAAAUUUGUUCUGAAAACUAGGUUGUCAAACAGUGCAAAGUUGAGACUUAGUACUAGUUAUAACUCAGUAAAUGAUCUAUUGGGUGACAUUAAAAAGCACUUUUUAACUAUUAAAUCUGAUAGUGCUUUGCAAUUGAAGUUAUUUCGUUCUAAACAAGGCGAUAAAUCUAUUGAAAGUUUUGGAAAAGAUUUGGAGGAGCUAUUCGUUAAUUUAACAAUAUCUCAGGCAAAAGGAGAUGAAAAUGCUUACAACGUAUUGAAACCAAUAAACGAAAGGUUAGCUUUGAAACAAUUUACGGAUGGCCUUCGCAAUCAGAGACUGAGUACGAUAAUGGCCUCGCGAAAUUUUUCCUAUUUAAAAGACGCGAUUAGAGCAGCCCAAGAUGAGGAAACAACAUUUUUUAAUAGUAACCCUCAAAUUUAUACCGCUUCUAGGAGAGGUCAAGGAAGAUUUAUGAGGAACUCUAUGAGAGGUUCUUCUCAAAAUAGAGAAGGCGCUUCUAAAGAACUGGCCCUUUUGAAAGCCCACCAGCCACAAAAACCUUUGAUGGUAACGGAAUAUUGGACGGGUUGGUUUGAUCAUUUCUCAGAAAAACAUCAUGAUAGAGACGUGAAAAAAUUUGAAGCUGUUCUGGAAGAUAUCUUAAUGUGGAAAUCCUCAUUUAAUUUGUAUAUGAUGCAUGGUGGCACUAAUUGGGGUUUCUAUAACGGAGGGAAUGUUUAUGGGAAAAAAAAUGACAAUUCAGGCUUUCAGCCAGAUACUUCUAGCUAUGAUUAUGAUGCUCCUUUAUCGGAAAAUGGCGAUUAUACAGAUAAAUAUUUGGCACUUCAACGUUUGACUGCUAAAUAUAAUGACAUCUACAUUCAGCAACCUCAUCCACCGGAACCAUCUUUCAGAAUAGCUUAUCCAGAAUCAAUUAUAUGUCAAGAACUUAGUUUGAACAAUUUAAUCCAGCAAAGUCCACAUAUAAUAAAUAGUUCAAGACUAUUGCCAAUGGAGGAAUUGGAUAUUAACAAUGGCAGUGGACAAAGCUAUGGAUAUAUCGUGUACAGAAAGGAAAAUAUUGACAUAAAAGCUGGGGCAGUCUUGAAAAUUGAAGGCCACGUCAGUGAUACAUUAUUAGUUUUAAUUAAUGGAGUUUUAGUUUCUAAAAUUUUUGAAAAUGAACACGAUCUUGAUGGUUUUGGUUAUUGGAGGCAAAAAAAUUCAACUCUAAACUUAGGGGAACAAAGUUAUGAGGGGGCUACCCUAGAUUUGGUUGUUGAAAAUUUUGGAAGGAUAAACUUUGGAAAAUUACAUCAGUUUAACCAGUAUAAAGGCCUUUGGCAAGGGGAUGUGUUGAUCGGCAAUGAAAAAAUAUCAAACUGGAAAAUUAUUCCGUUAGAGUUUAAGAAAAGGAGAACAGAAAGUUUGGAAAUAAAUAAUGGCACUUUAAUUGAUGAACGUUACCAAUCCCUGUGUAAUAUUGGGGACAUGGAUAACACAGUUGCCAUUAAGAAGGUCCUUGUAAAUGAAGCAGUGGAGCCUGAAGUGCGUGAAGAGCAGUUGAAGAAGUCUGAUGCAAAUACCGUUUGUCGAGAAUGCUGUCGGUUAAACACGUUAUACACUACGUUACUUAUCAACCAUAACGAUUUCCUCGAAAAAUGUAAAUGUAAAGAUCAACCUUUCCAACACGUUAAGGCUACAAAUGUAUCAUUUACUGUAUUUGAUGAAGGUUUAUUCAGGACCAGGCAGGAAAACAUAUAUAAGAAUGUGGCGUAUGCUGCCGCUAAAUUUUCUAUUGAUAUGUUUAAACAUAAUGAUAAUGAUAUUUCCUAUUAUACUGGUUUUCCCAGUUAUGACAAUUUCAAAAUAUCGCUAAAUAUAUAA